AUGCCCAGGGUGCGCCUGCGCCUGAUCAUGGCACUGCAGGAGGAUGGAGAUGCCCUGAGGUGGGGGGCACUGGCUGGGCUGGCCCUGGGUGCUGCUGCAGGGUUCGUGGUGGGCCAUGCUGGGUUGUACCAAGCCCUGGCCAUGUUUGCGGUGGCAUACUUCAUCAUCGGCAUGACGGUGCUGUCCGUGUGUGCCAUCGCCACCAACGGGGCGCUGGAUGCCGGAGGAGCCUACUAUAUGAUCAGCCGUGCCCUGGGCCCGGAGUUCGGGGGAAGCAUUGGGAUCAUGUUUUUCCUGGCCAACGUGUGUGGCAGUGCCCUCUAUGUGCUGGGGCUGGUGGAGGCGGUGGUGGACAGCUUUGGGAUCCCGCCUGUGGGCGCAGGCGUCCAUGUCCUGCCCCAGAGCUACUGGUAUGAGCUGCUCUACGGCACCGUGCUGCUGGCCCUCUGCCUCCUUGUGUGCCUUGUGGGUGCCUCCAUUUAUGCCAAGGCCACCUUCCUCAUCUUCCUCAUCGUCGCGGGUGUCCUGGGCACCGUCCUCGUCAGCUUCUUCGCCACGCAGCCCAUUGGGGUGCCCAUCCGCCUGCCCUACUUAAAUGGCUCCGAGACAGAGAACGGCUCCUUCACUGGCUUCUCACUCGCCACCCUGCGAGACAACCUGGGCGGCGGGUAUGGGGUGGACUACACCACUGGGCAGAUGAUGAGCUUCAGCUCCGUCUUCGCGGUGAUGUUCAACGGCUGCACCGGCAUCAUGGCAGGCUCCAACAUGUCAGGGGACCUGAAGCGCCCAAGCUACUCCAUCCCACGCGGCACCAUCUCUGCUGUGCUCUUCACCUACCUCGUCUACAACCUGCUGGCUUUCCUCAUGUGUGCCACCUGCAGCAGGACCCUCCUGCAGAAAGACUACGGCUUCCUGCGUGACAUCAGUAUCUUCCCACCUCUGGUCACGGUGGGCAUCUACGCUGCCACCCUCUCCGCGGCCAUGAGCAACCUCAUUGGGGCAUCCCGUAUCCUCUAUGCCCUGGCCCGGGAUGAUCUCUUCGGCCGGGCGCUGACACUGGCCAAGAAGACGUCUGCGAGUGGGAACCCCGUGAUGGCGGUGAUCCUCUCUUGGCUGGUGGUACAGCUGGUGCUCUUCUCCGGGAAGCUCAACACCAUCGCGGGCGUUGUGACCACCUUCUUCCUCCUGGUUUACGCCACUGUCAACCUGGCCUGCCUGGCACUGGAGUGGGCAUCGGCCCCCAACUUCAGGCCCACCUUCCGGUACUUCACCUGGCACACAUGCCUGCUGGGCAUCGCAGGCUGCUGCGUCAUGAUGUUCCUCAUUAGCCCUGUGUCGGCCUCGGUGAGCCUGGGCUUCCUCCUCCUCCUCCUCCUCGCUCUCCACUACCUCUCACCCAGCAGCACCUGGGGCUACAUCAGCCAGGCCCUCAUCUUCCACCAGGUACGGAAGUAUCUGCUGAUGCUGGACGUGCGGAAGGACCACGUCAAGUUCUGGCGCCCACAGAUGCUGCUGAUGGUACAGAACCCGCGGGGCAGCGCCCGCCUCAUUGACUUCGUCAAUGACCUCAAGAAGAGUGGCCUCUACGUCCUGGGCCAUGUCGAGCUGCAGGACUUGGACACGCUGCCCUCGGACCCGCUGCAGCCCCAGCAGGACUCGUGGCUGAGCUUGGUGGACAAGCUGAAUGUCAAGGCCUUCGUCAGCCUCACCCUUGCACCCUCGGUGCGGCACGGCGUCCGGCAGCUCCUCUUCACCUCUGGCCUCGGCGGGAUGCGCCCCAACACCCUGGUGCUGGGCUUCUACGAUGAUGCGGCACCGCAGGAUGGUCUGGCCCGGCACCCCGCCUUCACCAGUGCCCGCGAGGAGGUCCCCCUGGGCUUUCCCCCGUUGCGGGCACCCACCGCCCCCAAGCUGCUGUCAGCCCGGGAGUACGUGGGCAUCGUGGCUGACGCCCUGAAGAUGCUUCGCAAUGUUCUGCUGGCCCGGCAGCUGGAGAGCCUGGACAAGGCCUGGGAGCUGCGGCGGGCCGCCAGCCCCCCGCCCACCAUCCACGUCUGGCCCGUCAACCUGCUGCGGCCUGACAGUGCCCGCUACGCCGACACCUGCAGCCUCUUCCUGCUGCAGAUGGCCUGCGUCCUUAACAUGGCGCGGGCCUGGCGCCGGGCCCAUCUGCGCCUCUUCCUCUGCGUGGAGGCAGGCGCCAUGCCCCAUGCCCAGGAGGAGAAGCUGCGCCAGCUCCUCAAGGACUUGCGCAUCCAGGCCCAGAUCCAACUGGUGCCCUGGGAUGCCGUCACCCGCCUGCACUGGCAAACCCGACGGGGACCCCCGGGGGGUCCGGCGCCCAUCGGGGCGGCGGCGGAGGAGGAGGAGGAGGAGGAAGGGUCCGUGAACUACCCGGCCAAUGCCACUCAAGUGUCGGAUGAGUACGUCUGUGCCGCCAACAGACUUGUCCUGGAGCAGAGCCCCACGCCGGCCGUGCGCUUCCUCUACCUGCCGCGGCCACCGGCCGACACCAGCCUCUACCCACUCUACCUGCACCAGCUGGAGCUGCUCACCCGCGGGCUGGGCCCCACCGUGCUGGUGCACGGGGUGAGUGCCGUCACCAGCACCCAGCUCUAG